AAACCGAGGAUGCUCCACGCAACAAGAACCAGGUCUUUGUUAGUCCUACCCGACCCAUGUGGCUGAUUGGACCGCCUUCGCAGAGGAGGAAGAGGAUGAUGACCAUGAUGAUGAUGGACGAACGCCUGCAGUCACCGUCCGCGCGCACCCUCGUCCAGCACGCGGGCAACCCGGCCCGGGUCCACAGCAUCGAGGCCAUCCUGGGCUUCAAGGAGGACCUCUUGUUCCAGAAGUCGGCCGCCUGCAGCCUAGCGGACAAAGUUGGGGGAAAGAUCUGCGAGGAAGCGGCCCACAAAAGUCACUUGGCGGAGGGUUUGGACGGUGCGUGUGCGCGUGCCGGUGCAGGUGUCGACGGCGGUGACGCGCAGCCGUAUCCGGACUCGCCCGAGCGGGACGGGUGCAAGCUGUCGGAUGACGAUAACCCGAAGAAGAAGCAUCGCCGCAACCGGACCACGUUCACCACCUUUCAGCUGCACGAACUGGAAAGAGCCUUCGAGAAGUCUCACUACCCGGACGUGUACAGCCGAGAAGAGCUGGCCCUCAAAGUCAACCUGCCAGAGGUCCGAGUCCAGGUUUGGUUCCAGAACCGCAGGGCCAAGUGGCGUCGUCAAGAGAAGCUUGAAGUGAACUCCGUCAAGCUCCAGGAGAGCGUUGCCGCCACCGCCUCCUCCUUGCUGUCCUUUGGCCGCCCCCCAGCUUCGGGCUCCCUAGGCUCCCUGAGCUCGGGCCUGCAGCUGGACCCCUGGUUGACCUCCCCCAUCGGGGCCUCGACCACCCUACAGUCGCUCCCGGGCUUCAUGGGCAGCGGCGGUGGCGCUUACACCGCCUCACCUCCCCCAUCCGUGCAGCCCUCUUUCCUCAAUGCCCCCACCCUGGGGCACACCCCCCACCUGCCCCGGAUGAGCUCCAUGUGCCCGGCGCCGCUGUCGGCCUACCAGUGCUCAUCCGAUCCGAGGAAGUCCAGCAUUGCCUCGUUGAGGAUGAAGGCCAAAGAACACAUUCAGUCUAUCGGCAAAACCUGGUGAUGGAUUUGGCUCCU